CCCCCAAGAAAUAGAUUUACAUCAAAGAUGUCCUUUGGAAGAGACAUGGAGCUGGAACACUUUGAUGAGCGUGAUAAAGCACAGCGAUAUGGCAGAGGGUCACGGGUAAAUGGUCUGCCUAGCCCUACCCACAGUGCCCACUGCAGCUUUUACCGAACCCGCACUCUACAAACCCUCAGUUCUGAGAAAAAAGCCAAGAAAGUUCGUUUCUAUCGCAACGGAGACCGGUAUUUCAAAGGGAUUGUCUAUGCCAUCUCCCCCGACCGGUUUAGAUCUUUUGAGGCCCUGUUGGCUGAUCUGACCCGAACUCUGUCUGAUAAUGUGAAUCUGCCCCAGGGAGUGAGAACAAUCUACACCAUUGAUGGUGCCAAGAAGAUUUCCACCUUGGACCAGCUAGUGGAAGGGGAGAGCUAUGUGUGUGGUUCAAUAGAACCUUUCAAAAAACUGGAGUACACGAAGAAUGUAAACCCAAAUUGGUCAGUGAAUGUUAAGACAACAUCCACUUCCCGUGCGGUGCCGUCUCUUGCCACUGUCAAAGGAAGUCCUUCAGAUACAAGAGAGAAUAAGGAUUUCAUUAGGCCUAAACUGGUCACCAUCAUCAGGAGUGGUGUGAAACCACGUAAAGCAGUCCGGAUUCUGCUUAAUAAGAAGACAGCACAUUCAUUUGAACAGGUUCUUACUGAUAUAACUGAUGCCAUCAAGCUGGAUUCGGGAGUGGUUAAACGCCUGUACACACUGGAUGGAAAACAGGUGAUGUGCCUUCAGGAUUUCUUUGGUGAAGAUGACAUUUUUAUUGCAUGUGGACCAGAAAAGUUCCGUUACCAGGAUGAUUUCUUGCUAGAUGAAAGUGAAUGUCGGGUAGUGAAAUCUACUUCCUAUACCAAAAUAGCUUCAACAUCACGUAGGAGCACCACCAAGAGCCCGGGUCCAUCUAGACGCAGCAAGUCUCCUGCCUCUACCAGCUCAGUUAAUGGAACCCCUGGUAGCCAGCUUUCUACUCCCCGCUCUGGGAAGUCUCCAAGCCCAUCUCCUACCAGCCCAGGAAGCCUGCGAAAACAGAGGAGCUCCCAACACAGUGGCUCCUCUACCUCAUUAGCAUCCACCAAAGUUUGCAGCUCCAUGGAUGAAAAUGAUGGACCUGGAGAAGAAGUGUUGGAAGAAGGCUUCCAGGUUCCAGCAUCAAUAGCAGAAAGAUAUAAAGUUGGAAGGACUAUAGGAGACGGAAAUUUUGCUAUUGUAAAGGAGUGUAUAGAAAGGUCAACUGGUAGAGAAUAUGCUCUGAAAAUCAUAAAAAAAAGUAAAUGUAGAGGAAAAGAGCACAUGAUCCAGAAUGAGGUAUCCAUUUUAAGAAGGGUCAAACAUCCCAAUAUUGUUCUUCUGAUUGAGGAGAUGGACAUGCCAACUGAGUUGUACCUUGUCAUGGAGCUUGUAAAGGGAGGAGACCUUUUUGAUGCCAUUACCUCCACUAACAAAUACACAGAGCGGGAUGCCAGUGGGAUGCUGUACAAUCUGGCCAGUGCCAUCAAAUACCUCCAUAGCUUGAACAUUGUUCACAGGGAUAUCAAACCUGAGAAUCUACUGGUUUAUGAACACCAAGAUGGAAGCAAGUCUCUGAAGCUGGGAGACUUUGGGCUGGCAACAAUAGUGGAUGGACCUCUUUACACAGUCUGUGGGACCCCUACAUAUGUAGCUCCAGAAAUCAUUGCAGAAGCUGGAUAUGGCCUGAAGGUGGACAUCUGGGCAGCUGGUGUGAUUACUUACAUCCUGCUGUGUGGCUUUCCUCCAUUCCGUGGAUGUGGAGAUGACCAGGAAGUGCUUUUUGAUCAGAUUUUGAUGGGCCAGGUGGAUUUCCCAUCUCCAUACUGGGAUAAUGUUUCUGAUUCUGCAAAGGAACUUAUCACAAUGAUGCUUCAGGUAGAUGUAGAUCAGCGAUUCUCAGCCUUGCAAGUUCUCGAACAUCCGUGGGUUAAUGAUGAUGGCCUUCCAGAGAAUGAGCAUCAGCUUUCAGUAGCUGGGAAGAUAAAGAAGCAUUUCAAUACAGGACCUAAACCCAACAGCACAGCAGCUGGAGUUUCUGUCAUAACAACCACCGCUCUUGAUAAGGAGAGGCAGGUUUUCCGACGAAGACGCAACCAGGAUGUGAGGGGACGUUAUAAGACUCAGCAAGCUCCACCAGAACUCAACUCUGAAUCGGAAGACUAUUCACCAAGUUCAUCCGAGACUGUUCGCUCACCUAACUCACCCUUUUAAUAAAACACUUUUGCUCAAAGUCUUGGCUUAACCCUUUGAGAUUCUGAAAAUCCUCCAAACCUGUGUGAAACGGUUACAUCUGAUCUAUCUAGCACUAAUGCUCGAAUGAUGGAACAGAAAAGGGUGUUUACAGUAUCUUUGUAAUAAUAAUUUCCUAACUGACUGAAAUGAUACUUGUGCUCUGUCUAGAUUGUGACUUGCUGCUAAUAUGAUCCUCAAAGGGUUAAGACUAUUUUGCAUUUUUUUAAGAUAAGAGCAAUGAAUGUUUUCAUCAGUCAUGCUAGGACCCGCAGUUUGUAAUUUUAGCACAUGUUAACCCUCUGAGUGCAUAAUAAUCUUUAACCUUGAUGGCCCAUACUAGGGCUUUAUUGAUUUAUAUGCACAUAUCUUUCCCCCCAUCUCCUUAGUUCUUUUCCCAUUGUUCUGGCCAAAACAAUAUUCAAAUGCUACUCUGAGAGAUUGCAAAUGGGAGUUUUUAAAAAUCUUGUUUUAAAGCAGCGUAUUCUAAACUUCUAUGAUAUUCUACCACAGAGGGCUGACCAUUAUUGGUGGUGCCAUACAGGAUAAGUGGAAAAUUGGUGGUAGGAUUGCCUCAUAACAAUCUACCUAAGGUGACGUGACAAUACCAUCAAAAUUGUUGCUUCCACAUUAUUGGCUGCUAGCGGCUGUUGUGUAGUAGUGGCAGAGUCAUAAGAAGUGGGUGAAGGACACAUUCUAUCAUGCUUUGGUAUGUAAAGAUCUAAUUCUAAAACUUUCCCUGGCCACACACACAAGAAUGUACAGAUGGGGAAGAGCAAUUAGUUUCUCUGGAGCAUUGGGAUUUUGAAGAGGGGAUACUCCUCUCAACACAAUCAUGUUUUUUCAUAAAUACACUGUGAUUACUACCAGGAGAGAGACUUUUAAGAGAGAGAGAUGAAAAAUCCAGCAUUAAAGGAAAGAGAAUUACCCUUACAAUAGUUACAUUAUUUAUAAAUUGGGGGAAAUACCUGGCAUGUUAACAUUUAAGAAAAGCCUUUGGGUGAAAUCCUGCUGUCCUCAUUGACAUCAAUGAGAAUUUUGUCUUAGAGUGGAAAAACUAAAAACUAUUCAUCUAGCGGAUCUGUGCUAUUAUAUACAGAGGGUGUGUGUGUGAAAAACACACAUGCGGGGUGUUAAACCUCAAGUCAGUGUGAUAGCAUUUCAUUUCAUCCUUGUACAAAGAAAAGCCAAUUCACAGAGAAGUUAUACUUCAUAAACUUUUGCUUCAAAUAGGAUCAUUUGAGUGAAAACAGUCCCAUAUUCUCACAAAAGUGGCACUAGUUGAGUGAAAAAUGACACAUUUCCAAAUUUUGAUUUUCAAAAUUAUAAAUAAAUAUAAGACCCGAGCAGAAAAUAUUAACUUUGAUGUUUCACAUGUUGGUUUUACAUUUUGGGGCUGUGCUCACAGAACUCCCAUGGAAAACCAUGAGAAUUCUGAAGGUGAGGGUCUUGUAGGAUCAAUCCUACUAUUGAUUUGCGUUCCUAAAGUACCAGUCACUGGAGUAGCCAGGUUCCAUCUUUUUCUGAAAUCUCAAAAGAUUCACUGAAAGACAUGUGUGUAAAUAGUUUAGGUCAAUUCCUUUCUCUUCUCUACUCUCUUUAGAAUGUGCACAUCUCUCCUUAUGUCCAGUGUAAGGUUUUUAUAUUUCAAACAUUGAACACAUUUUGAACCAAGGGAACCUCAUUUCACAAGUUUUUAUUCAAGUGAUGGAAAACAUUGAUUAGAGUUCUUUGGUUUCGAUCUAUCCAUUUGAUUGUGGGGGAGGUCCCUGAUGGCUCUGCAUAGCCCCAUUGACUUUAGUGGGAUGCAGCACACAAGUGUAAGGAUCUCAAUCAGAUUACAGGAUUGAGGCCUUUAUUGGCAACUGAAGCAUAAUUAACAGAGGAACACUGGUUAAAGUAUAAAAUUAAUUGUGCCCCAAGCAGAAAAACUCAGCAGGUUUCUGGGGAACUCCAUAGGGGUAAUGGAAUAUGUAGCUACAGCCCAACUAAACGUCAGAGUUUGGAGUGUGCUUCCUGGCUAUUUUGCCUCCCUUGUCAAGGUCAGGGGAAAGGGCGGAAGAGCUAUAUAGUGGCAGAUCAUCUGACCCUGCACAACCACCCCUAAAAAGUCACUGCACAAAGAGAUUUCAUGGUAGGUAUGAAAUCAUCUUGGUGUCACCCCAUUGGGCAGCAGUACCAGAGCAAUUGCAUUACAUAAGUGUCCUCUACUCUGGCGAAAGAGUGGGUAGGAUUUGGCCCACAGUGAAUCAAUAUUCACAGCUAGGUCCUCAGCUUGUGUAACUCAGUGUAGCUCCUUUGAAGUCAAUACCAACUUACAGCAGCUUAUAUAGCCCCUCACAUUAUAAUACAGCCUUCCCUUUAGAACAGAUGCAACUUGAUGCAAAUAUAAAGAUAUUUAUAUGGCAAUCAGAAGUGUCCAUUAAUAACACGUGCUUUUUUGACUAUCAGCAAAACGUUGGCAGUUUCAAAGGAACAAGGACAAAGUUCGUUCGUUCUUAAUUAAAUAGAGGAGUUGGGGAAAAAACAGGUAUGAAACAAAUGCUUCAUCUCAUGAAUGUGUAGUGUCAUUUGAGAUCUUCCUAUCACCUUUGCUUUUGUUUUAGACUCCAGGGCUAUCAUUAAAAUAAGAUGUUUGGCUCCAUCAUACACCAUAUUGUACCACUUAAAACAUAUAUAAAAAUAACCCCAGCCCCUGAAAUUUCCACUCAUCCCUUGCAAAUUCUGAUCUUUGGCUCAUGUUUUACUGACAUAACUCCUAUAACAUUUUACAGUUAUAUUCUUUAGGCCCCUUCAAGAAUGUGCACCAAAUUGUUGAAUGGGGCCUUUUCAUGGUUUCAAGAAAAACGAUCGGAAUAUUUUAACAGUUUUAAAAGAGGGGGUAUCAGGAUUAUAAAAUUAAGGUUUCAGAUAGUUAAUGGUUGAUGCUUGUUUGCCAAAGAAAUACAAGGCCAAAUUUUGCCUCUACUUACACCUUAGUAAGCCCACUAAGUUCCUAGGUGUAACUGAGACCAGAAGGUGGGACCCUUAGAAUAUCUAAACUUUAGUCAAGGAAACUGAACAGAUUGGGGCUAACAGACAGUUUCUAAUAUGAAUGCACUUAAAAAUCUAAUAUGAGAGCAUAUGGCAUAGUAGUCAUUUUACUGUAAACCAUCCAAUAGCUUCACUUUACACAUUAUAUUGGUGCUAAACAUUAAACUAAAACAAAAAAGAAAAUAUGCAUUGUAUUUACAGACUGUAAAUGCACCAUUUCAUUAUUUUUUAUGCAUGUUGCUAACUGUCUGUCUCUUCUGGUGAGUUUACCUGCAGUAAACUAACUUUAUGGUAAAUGCAAUACUCAUCUGUGAUGGUGCCCUUCCCAUCUUUGUGCAUUUUGAGUAUUGUGCUGAAUAAAUUUAGAAUGUGAUUGAUCAUGUGAAAAGGGAAAUCAGCAACCCCAUUAGAUAUAAUCUUAUUAGCAUUUAUCUACAAAAAUAUCCAGGAUAUUAUAGUUGUACUCAGAGGGUUAACAGAAAAGCACAAGGCAUGCUGAUUACAUUGGUGUAUCCAAACUGCUUUGCUUUUUUAGCCAGUGUUUGCUAAUUUUUCAGAAAAUUCUUGGAAAAUUUAAAGUUUAAAAUAAUUUAAGUGUUGUUGUUCAAGGAAUUUCUAUAACCAAAUUAAUCUUAUUUUUAGUUUAACUUAUCACAGGAAUAAUAUGUAUCAUUAACGCAGUGUAAGUCUGUAGUUAUAAAUUUUAUUAAUUCCACAAGUGAUUCAAGAUUUUUUUUAAGUACUUAAUAUAGAGCUUACAAUGGUGGCAUAGGUGACUGAGACUGUCUUUCUUUUUGGUAAACAAACAAUAUUGUAAUUUCAAGAGAGUCCUAAGAACCAGCUUUUCAGUUUGGUAGUGUACUAGUUAGGGAAAAGCGAUCUCAUUACAUGCAUUGUGUAAAUCUUUGUAGAUGAGAACUGUUCAUAUGAAUGAACACACUUUUUUUCUUGACAUUGUAGCAGAAACUGUUUACUUGUUGAUGAUCAACCAAUACAUUAAUUUGCUUCAGACUGUUACAGGGGAAAGUGAGACUCCAGUCAUUGAAAAUGUUAUUGCUUUACAGUAGCCCUCAUCUAAUUUAAAUGUGGUGCAUACUACAAUAAGCAAAGCCAAACCUGUGAAUAAAUUACUCAAAAAGCUU